UAGAGUGACUCUGACACUCCAUAUGGUCACCCUCGACAACAACGACGACCUAUUAGUCAAAGUAAACUCUGAUUGACUGGUAAUAAUCCAAUCCACCCCGCCAGAGUCUAGGGACGAUGACUAGCUCGUCGUCCUCUUGCUCGCCGUCGUCGUCGGCCGUGACGAUCCCAAUCCCGGGCAAAUCCAUCCUCAAACGACCGCCACCCACCCAGACAGGCAUCCUCAACCGUAUCAGAGGAUUUUUGCCUACCCAACCGUCAACGUCGACGUCGGACGACCUCAAACCACUCAAACGAGCUCACUUCAUCCUCCCACAGCUCGCUAUCGUCUACCCGUUCUCAUCUGUUAACCCACCUUCGACCCCAACACUCAAGGAAGAGAAGAAAGCUAUUGAGGAACGCGAAGCUGAGCGCAGGAAACGUGUUCUGAGAGGAAACUCCUUAGGACCUAACGACACGGAAGAGUGGUGGUCUUUAGACAAGGUCGAGAGCUUUUACAGGGAGUGCUGUGAAUCCAGAGAAGAGCACUCUGAUCCAGCCAUCUCAGCUGCAUUCAAGCGUGCCUCCCCGGGGAAUCCUCGUUCGGUCGAUCUAUCAGGUGUUCAGCUGACUCUGACAAGCGCUGCCAUCCUUUCAGAUGUGUUCAGUAUAGAAUGGGGUCUCAGAAAGUUGACUUUGAGGGAAUGUGAUCUUGAUGAGGCUAAACUGAAACUUGUGCUGCACGCACUACUUAUACCAGGAACAUUGGUUUACUUAUCGGUCGCAUCCAACCGAGGGCUCAAGACACCAGCGUUCAAAGUCAUCGGAGCUUAUGCUUCCAAGGCGAAAAGCUUACAAUUCCUGGACUUAUCACAGACAAACCUGGACAAGAAAGCAGUGGAAUAUAUCACCGCUGGCUUAUCCAUAGCUCCCCAACCAGGCCUGGUUUCUUUGCGCCUCGAUGACUGCUCUCUCCGCCCAAACGCCCUUGAGGCAUUAUCCCGCGUCGUGCGCACUUCAUCCCUCCGCAAUAUCUCCCUGCGCCAUAACCGGAUCUCAGCGACAGGUGCCGUCGCACUCGCACUGAUGAUACGUGACUACCCCGACGUCGCACCGGCGCCCUCUCCUCUUACAUCACCAUCACCAUCCACCUCGUCUUUAGUCCUCCCGUCCGCGGCGCUGUCCCUGCUCUCACCACCGACAUCGCCCCUACCCGGAACUGCGCCAUUACCCCCACCAUCCCGGUCCGGCCCUGUACUCCCUCCCCCUCGUCAUCCAGGGUCCGCAAACCUCCAAACAACAUACACGCCUUACAUUCCCCGCUCGAAACGUGCUGCCCCGCAGGCUCAGGCACAUUCUGCUGCAGAUCCCCGUGUGAAUGCUGUCCCAUUGAUCACAAGCAGUGCUGGGGGUGGGGUCACGACGCGUACGGAACCGCUUGCGAAUGGACAUGGACACGGACACGGGCCCGGCGGUAGUGGUACGCCUGGAAAACUCGACGAUGGAUUGUCUGCAGCAUUGUUGGAUAAGGUACGUGCGUUGGAUGCGUUGCCUCGGUUAGGUGCGUUGAGGACGCUGGAUUUGCGUGGUAAUGAUUUGCGGAACGGAGUGACAUACCUUGCUCAAGUCCUCAAGCGGAACCGCACGCUCAAGGUGCUCAAUCUUGCCGAGAAUAAGCUUGACAUACAAUGUUUGGUGGUUAUCGCAGAAGCACUGAAAUACAACCAAUGUCUGGAGACCCUGGAUCUGAGUCGAAAUCCCUGCGGUGGCCCAGGACUUGAAGGUGUAGGUUCAUCUGCGUUUCUAUACUGUCCCACUGUACUCCAUUCCACCCAGAUCCAAUCCUUGCGCACUGCGUUCACACUCAAUACCGCACUCAAACGUCUCUUCCUCUCCUCGACACAACUCACCUCGUCAGGUGCCAUUGCAUUGGCUGAGUUCCUUCCUGAGUCACGGUCGCUGUUACAUCUCGACUUGACAGACAACAAGCUGGAUCUUGCUGGUGUUAUGGCGCUCAGUCGAGGUGUUCAAGGGAAUUGGGUAAUCCGAUGCCUCGAUUUGAAUAUACCACCAGACGACGAAGAGUUUGCGCGCAUGUGUCGCGAGAUCUUGAAUACCUGUAUACGCAACACGGAGGAAGCUGAGAAAGCCUCAAAAGCAGCGGCCGCACAAGCGAGCGGAAAAGACGCCGGGAAGGGCGUCUGGGGACUCAUUGAGGAAAGCGAGCUUGCUCGCUCUAUAAGGCGAGACGACGCAAAGGGCGAAGCGAGUGUUGCUACGAGAGCGGAGGCAUUUUUGGCCCAGAUUGAGAAGGCAAGGCCGGGGGUGGGCGCGAUGAAGGUGGGCGCCACAGCGUGGUUAGAUGCUACUACUUCGCCUCCACCGCUGUCGCCGUCCUCACCGGAUUGGCCUUCUCCUUCGUCAACAUCACCAGCCAACGUAUCGCUGCAAGAGCUUGAACGGAAAGCACGAGAGCUUGUUAAAGAUCUUACUGUUCAGAUUCAAUCCACGGCAGACGCGAGCAAGCUGGAGCCUCUGUUAUCAUUAUGCGACAGACUAAACGCUGUGGUAUCUAAUUUACCUACCCCCAGGCCAACACUUGGUCUCAAGACCCAAGGUCUCGAUGUCGCAGAAGUAGCGAGCGAACAUGUCUUGCACGCUAGUCCCGCACCGAUGUCGGAUGAUGAGCCCGAUGAGCCUCCGACGCCUCGUAUCGACAAGGGGAAGGGGAGGGCAGAGCCCGAACCCGAGGAACACGAGAAAGUCCUCAGUCCGAGUUUUUUGAUCAGUGAAUCCGAGGACGAGGAAAGUGUCGAGGGUACAGAGGCUAUCGCGGUGUCGCCUACAGAUCGAUCUAAGAGUUGGGUCGAGGAAGAAGGCGAGAUAUUUAGAAAAGGAGCUGUUCUGUUGGGACCUGAGGAGAUGGAAGGUGAAUAUGCUGGCGAUGAACUUAGGCGAGAGCUUCUUGAAGCCAUGGUGGAACGCCCUCCGCCUCGCAGUAUCGUUGACGACUUUGGAAUGGACCUCAGCCUCUCUCCUUUAGUCACUGAAGAGCCUCUACGCUCGCCUAUUGCAGAAGAACCUCAACCACAAAAACUGCCUCCACGUCCAUACUUAUCGCGCAACCGAUCGACGUCGUCGAAUAGUAAUCCUACACUGACUUCACCUACGUCUGAGACAAAUAUCCGUACGCCGACGUCGCCGGCAGGACCGUUGUCACCGGGAGGGAGGGGAUCGAGUGUGGUGAGGAUUGAAGGGUUGGAACAUCAAGUGAGGGGUGCUGGAUGAUGAGGCCGACCGGUGAACGAAGGAUUUGGAGGACGGUGAUGCGUCUAUGCACUGUGAGCCCCUAUUCCAACCCAUCACUUGGUUGAAUCUGUUGCUUUCGGUUGCCGAGAUCUCGGGUAUGGUAAGGAAUCUAGGAACAGGAGGAAUUGUUUUAACACUACACGAUCAUUACUUGAGCUGCCUG